UUUUUCUAACACCCCUUGUGUCCGUUAUGGUAUGUCCAUUUAAUAUAUUAGAGAUUAUGGUAACAUAUGAUGUUCGAUUCAAUAAACUGAUCAUUCAAUGUAACCUACACCGGUUUCAUUUAUUGCCUGUGUUCUCUGGUCCGCGAAUUACUUAAAAAUAUCACGGUUAAACUUUUAAAUUCUUCUUAGAAUAUAUUCUUCUGUAAAAUUUAAUCUUUAGUCAACCCAAUAACCAAGGAAUGUUUGAGUCGUAAUUUAUUCGUGUAGUAUUAGUUUUUUGUGGAUAUUACAAGAAUGAAUGACCAUCGACUAAAACAUGAUAACGCUGAACUACACGUGGUAUGAAAAUAACAAUGAUGGUGAUGAUACUGGCGUUGAACUACACAUAACAAUGAUGAAGAUAACACUGAACUGGGCGUGCUGUGAUAGUAAAAUGAUGAUGAUAAUAACGUUGAACUAUGUGUAGUAUGAUAAUAACGUUGAACUGUAUAUGGUAUGAUAAUAACGUUGGAUAUAUGCAGUAUCAUAACAACACUUACAGCAUAUUAAUACCUAUGAUAAUAACUAUGAUAAUGCCGUCGAACAAUAUUUAGGAAACUCUGAGUAAAAUGGGAGAAAAAAGCAAGUAACGCCCACUUUCUGUCAAUUAUUUAUUUAUAAAUUAAAUUCUCGGUGGUGUAAAAACAAUGACUAUAAAAUCUCAACUCAUUCUCAGGUUUAUUUUUUCAUUAUGUUUUAUUUGGUUUUUGAUGGUGGGCGUUUUCUUGUUUACAGAGACUAACGUCAAACAGUUUGAAAAUGUGGGUAUAGGGCAGUUGAAGGAAAGGGGGGAGGAAGGGACGUUAAAUGAAGGGAGUCGAGUUGUGAGUGCAGACAUAUUUGAUAUUAGUACACAAAACCAUGAAAACUCUCUAUAUAGCGCUGAACAUAUUUUGAUCGAUAAUGAAGAUCUCCAAAGUAAGAAACAACUGCCUGGCGAUCUACAAGAAUAUAAUCCUAAUGAAAAAAACAUUGACAAUAAAAUCAGUCAUGUCAGUGGUGAUAUAGCAGUUUUACAAGAUGUGAAUGAACUUCCACAAUCAACGGAGCAGACCAAUGGUAGGAACGAUGUGGAAACGGGAAUUGUAAGUAAUAAAUUUGAACUUAGAAAAUCCAAUAAAAAUCUUAUCCACGAAGAAUCCGUGGAAAUAAACGAUUCACCAGUUCAAAGCAUAACUUUGAAAUAUUUACAAGGGGGCAUUCCUCGAAAAGCAACGGAACAGAAUGGUUGGAUAAAUGUUUUACCGGAAGAUACUGCUAUGGAAAAUGGUCAAAGUGAAGAUACGGGUACCAUAAUGGUAGCAGGUCUUGCUUCCGAUAGAAAACAAGCUUUUGGUGAAAUGGGACAACCUGUAAAUAUAAAUGUAGAACAGCUCAACCAGACAGAAAGAGACAGAUACCAAGCCUUGUUUAAAAGAAAUUAUUUCAAUGAAUAUGCCAGCGAGAAAAUUUCUCUCCAUAGAACUCUCCCGGAUAAACGGGACGAAAGUUGCUUAACGAAAAUUUAUGGAAAAAACUUACCAGACACUGCUAUUAUCAUCUGUUUUCAUAAUGAGGCUUGGUCGACUCUGUUACGAACUGUUCAUAGUGUGUUGGAUCGAUCACCGCCACAUCUAGUACGAGAAAUCAUUCUGAUAGAUGACUUCUCAGACUUAGAUCAUCUCAAAGCACCAUUGGAUAACUACAUCUCCACACUACCAAAAGUUCGGUUAAUCCGGCUACCACAAAGAGAAGGUUUAAUCCGGGCACGGUUAGUUGGGUAUCGAAAUGCCACAGCACCGGUACUGACAUUCCUAGACUCGCACGUAGAGUGCCUGAUUGGUUGGCUGGAACCGUUAUUUACAUUUUAG